UCCAUUCGAUGUGGUCGUUUCUCAGAAUCUUGUCAUUAAGCUUUCUCAUUUUAGAAACGGCCAAGCCGUAUGUCCAUGGAAAUCUGCUGGUGGAAGAGAGACAGUUAUUAUACGAUCGCCAGUUUAAAGUUUCUGGCUUUAACGUAUUAUUUUUAUCUAUAAAGUUAGUUCAAUGCAAAUGCGCAUCCUAAUUCAAGAUCUCUUGCGCAAUGUCUUUAAUUUUCAGUUUCCGCCAUGUCUUUUCGCCACGACAAAAUCGCAAGGGAACUUGUCAUAUUCUGGAAUUUGCCAUGAUAUAAUCACUUGGAUUUCUCAACAGUUUCAAAUGGAGUGAGUUUCUCAGUUCGACAUUUCAGAUGCUAUACAUACACUGAUUUUUGUUGUAAUUUAAGGCUGAUUUACGUACCUGCAAAUAAUUCGGAAGUAAUCCGAUUCGGAAUAGUUUCUACGCUCAUUAAUCAAUUCAAGAAGCAAGUAAAGUAUCUCUUCUGCAUUAAUCAAGAAUUAUUAUGUACAUUCAGUCAUGUCUCAUCAGGAGGUUGAUAUCAUACCAUUUCCGUUCGUUAUCACACCAACACUCAUGCAACAAAUGGAUUUUACUAUCCCUCUUACAGUGGAGGAUUAUCAUCUAUUACAGCCUUACCCGAAAGAAGAGAGCCGUCUAACCGCUUGCAUAAGACCUUUCUCUUUUACUGUUUGGUUACUAUUUCUCCUGUCAACUGUUGCGGUGAUUUUUUUUAUGGCCCUAUUGACUUUCUAUCGCCCUCCAUUGAAAUCAAUAAGUUUCACCGACGCCUUUAACGAUCAUACAAUUUACGUACUCACAGUCAUAACCGGACAAGGCAAUUAUAAAUCCGAAAAAACCUUUGCCCAGCGUCUGGUUGCCGGUUUGUGGUGUUUGAUGAUGGUGGUAUUGGUAAACGCAUAUACGGGAACUUUAAGGUCAUAUAUGACGGUGCCCAAACUGGAUCCAAUCGUGAACACGCUAACUGAACUGGCAGUUAGUAGCGAAACAAAAAUGACGGUAGAUAUUCAACUGGGCAAGGCUCGCAUGUUCUUGGAAGCCACCUCGGGACCGUAUAAAUUAAUCGGCAAUUCACUUCGUAAUAAUCCAGAGUUACUCGUCAAAGGAAGCUCUCUAGAAGGAAUGAAUAACGUUUUACAUCGAGGAGCUGCUUAUUUUGCUAAUCGUUCAAUCAUUAAAUACCUGAUGGCUGUAGACAUGAAAUCCCACCCCAGAUGCCGUAUGACGUAUUCUGAUCCGAUUCCUUUUAUCGAAUACUAUUCCAUGGGUUUACCUAAAAAUAGCCGGCACAAUUGGAUCAUCAAUCACGACUUGCAGUAUUUACAGGAGAGUGGUUUACUUGCCUAUUGGAUAAAACAGCGCACACCCAAUGUUGAUAAAUGUAAAGUGGGAAUGUCCAAACCCAGUGGAAAGAUGGUUUCUUUGACGCUAGUUGAUCUAUCGAGCCCUACCGCACUCCUUGCCAUUGGAAUUGGACUGUCGUUUUUGGUGUUUCUCAUCGAAAUCAUUUUAUUCUUAAAAACAAAGAAGCGGAAGAUUAAAGAAGAAAAUAAUGCUGUUAAAAAUUUACUUUUUGGACUCUGAAUUUUUAAGGUUUUAUAAAACUGAAAUUUUCACAAACUUAAUCGAUAUAUUUGACAAAAACUGCCGUAGUCUAAGUUUGAUUAUGUAUGUCCUCCUGUCCAUCAACAUUGCGCAUGUCGAAUACACGAU